AUGUUCCUCGAAGUCGAACGGAAGUUCAGCCCGUCAGCUGUGGCGCUCAUUGCGAGAAAUGCCGGAUGUCCUCCCUUCAAAAACUUCACAACUCUACCCACAACUGCCUUUAGAGACACAUAUUUCGACCUGGAAACCACACUGCGUGAUCAAGGCAUGUGGUUGCGUCGCCGAGGCAAUGAUUGGGAACUGAAGGUCAAAACCGGCGGGGAUUUCAUCAACUCGUCGUUCCAGGAGAUCUCGGGUACAGAGGAAAUUGAACAGACGCUCACAAAGCACUUCCCUCGCGCAUCCUUGAGUACCCCGAAAACCCCAUGCUCCUCUAACGACGGCCGGAACACCUUAGGAACGUUGAGUCUGGCUCCGUUCGCAGAGAUCACCACGACCAGGCAGGCUUGGAUCGCCCAGACUCCCUCGAAAGAUAUUUUACAAAUCGUUGUCGACACCACAGAUUUUGGCCACCGAGUUGGUGAAGUUGAACUGGCAUGGGAUGGAGUAGAUACUGCGGCUCAAGACAGCUCCAGGCUCAAGAUGGACCAGAUCGUUUCAGAGUUCAUGAAUCACCACAAAUGGGCUUUUCCUGACGGCAAAUGCAAGGGUAAGCUCUCCGCCUAUUUUGAAUGGCGGGAGACGCUCGCCAUGGACGGAGCUCCGCUCAAAACGACAGAACAGCAAAGGGGACAAGAAUAA